CUCCUUAAUUCUCUUCUUGCCUCAUCAUCCAACUCAAUUCCGUAAACGCCACUUUCUCCAAUAUUUUGACCUCACCACAAGCCAAACUUCCCUUCUAUUUCCCAAUCAUUAGUUACCAAAAUCCCAAAAUAAUUUCCCAAAUCCCACAAAGUCACAAUCUUUACUUCAAAUUCUCACAACCCCAAAUCAAAAUCUUGAAAAAAUUAGCCCAAAGUUUGCCACUUCUAUAUAGUUUAUACCUUGUUAGAAAUCCCCAAAUCCAUAAAGUUACAAUCUAUACUUCAAUUCCCACAACCCCAAAUCAAAAUCUUGGGAAAAUUAGCCAAAAAUUGAUGUAAAAGUCCCAACUUCCCAUAAAAUCACAAUCUAUACUUAAAUUCUCACAACCCCAAAUCAAAAUCUUGAAAAAAUCAACCAAAAAUUGCUAGUUCUAUGUACUGUAUAGUUUAUACCAUGUAAAAGUCCCAAAAUCCCACAAAGUCUCAUUUUUACUUCAAUUCCCACAACCCCAAAUCAAAAUCAUGAAAAAUUUAGCCAAAAAUUGAUGUGAAAAGUCCCAAAGUCCCAUAAAGUUACAAUCUUUACUUCAAUUCCCACAACCCCAGAUCAAAAUCUUGAAAAAAUUAGCUAAAAAUUGUUUAAAAAAUCCCAAAUUCCCAUAAAGUCACAAUUUUUAGUUCAAAUUCCCACAACACCAGAUCAAAAUCUUGAAAAAAUUAGCUAAAAAUUGUUUUAAAAUUCCAAAAUCCCACAAAGACACAAUUUUUCUCUAAAUCUCACUACCCCAGAUAGUGUUUUGACAGAAAGUUGCUAGCUUUAGAGUUCUUUUUUGUACCAUGUGUCCUGAUUGAAGUUAUUAUCUUUGAUGCCUAAGAAAAAUCAGUUUAGUAUAAGCUCAUCUGAUUCAGAUUCCCCUAGAAAAAGUCUUGGUUCUUCUGUUUCUACAGAGCCAGGGCCAGGACCAGGACCAGGACCAAGCAGUAGUAGCAGCAGUAAGGUUAAUAAUAAAUCUUCUGUUUGGUCUGGUUUAUUGGUUUCUCCAUUUUCAAUAUUUGAUAGUGAGCCAAAAGGGUGUUUGAAAAAAGGGGAAAUUUGUGCAAAGAAGUAUAAUGGUAUUGGUCUUGGUGUUGGUUGGACUAGUGCUGUGAAGAGAAUGAUGAAUAGUGGUUCAAUGAGGAGGAUUUUUGGGAUGGAUAAAACUGGGAUUCCUAAUGGGUCCAAGAGUGAUAUUUGGCUUUUAGGUGUUUGCUAUAAAGUUGUUCAUGAUGAUGAUCCAUCUGUAGAACCAACUCAAAGUGAUGGUUUUUCUGCCUUUGUUGAUGAUUUGUCGUCUAGGAUUCUCAUUACAUAUCGUAAAGGCUUCGCUCCUAUUGGAGAUACUAAGUAUACCAGUGAUGUUAAUUGGGGUUGCAUGCUUAGGAGCAGUCAGAUGCUUGUUGCUCAGGCUCUACUUCUUCAUCGAUUAGGAAGACAGUGGAGAAAAUCUCUGGACAAGGUACUCGAAAGUCAAAACACUGCAGUAUUUUCAGUUGUUAAAAUGCUCAAUUUCCAAUUUAGAACCACGAUAAUGCACAAUCAGCCGCUUGAUCAAAAGUAUGUGGAGAUAUUGCACCUUUUCGGUGAUUCUGAGGAUUCAGCUUACUCUAUCCAUAAUCUCCUGCAUGCCGGCAAGACUUAUGGUCUUUCUCCUGGAUCAUGGGUGGGUCCAUAUGCAAUGUGCCGCACCUGGGAAACAUUAGCACGCAGCAAAAGAGAAGAAACGGGAAAUGCAGACAUGUCUACAACGAUGGCUAUCUAUGUUGUAUCUGGGGAUGAAGAUGGAGAAAGAGGUGGAGCGCCGGUGCUCUGCAUUGAAGACAUUGUCAAGCAUUGCUCCAGCUUUUCAAAAGGCGAAGUUGACUGGACACCUAUUCUUUUCUUAGUUCCUUUGGUUCUUGGACUUGACAAAAUCAAUUCAAGGUAUCUUCCUUUACUGGCAGCUACAUUUAGUUUUCCUCAAAGCCUUGGGAUCCUAGGUGGCAGACCUGGAGCGUCAACCUACAUCGUUGGUGUGCAAGAUGACAAAGCCUUUUAUCUUGAUCCACAUGAAGUUCAGCCAGUCGUUGACAUUAAAGUGGAUAAGCUAGAUGUUGAUACUUCAUCAUAUCACUCCAAUACUGUAAGGCAUUUUCCGCUGGAUUCAAUUGAUCCCUCCUUGGCUAUCGGGUUUUAUUGUAGAGAUAAAAGUGAUUUUGAUGAUUUCUGUAUACGGGCGUCUAAGUUAGUAGAUCAAUCAAACGGUGCUCCAUUGUUUACCAUAACUGAAACUCGUAGCUCCACCACAUCAGUAGAAUAUAAUGACAGGUUGACUAGUGAUACUGGGGUCCCGGAACUGGACUCCUUCGAUGCUGUAGCCCCUGGUGAGUCAGAUGCUAGUAGACCUGAAGAUGAAUGGCAACUUCUGUGAUGUGACAACAUUUUUCAUGAUCAGAAGUUGUGUAAAUAAUUCCGUAGGGCCUGUGUUGCGACUUGUUUGGUGCACACACAGUUCGGGUAAAUUACUGCUGUAAGAUAGACAUACUUGUGUAGGAUUCAUCUUUUGUUUUAUUUACAAUUUGACGUUGUCUAUAAAUUAUCCAAAAGUGGGAUGGUGUAGGUCAUGUUGCCAAUUGAUUCUUUUUUUCUUAGAUUACAAAUGCAUAAGAUUGAAUAGUUAUUCACCUAA